AUGAAGUUCAACUUGUUCAGAAAGCCGCAGGCCAUGACGGCGGCUGAGCCAACCAGCGCCACCACCAUGACCAUGGCCCCCACACCGGCUGUCAUGUCCACCUCGGCGCCGGAGACCUCUGGCUCCAACAACACAGAGAUCAACAAAAAUGACAUGUUUGAGGAGAUCAAGAGCAAAUUCUUGAAUGAAAUUGAUAAAAUCCCACUGCCGCCGUGGGCUUUGAUUGCCAUCGCUGUGGUGGCAGCAUUGCUCAUCCUCACCUGCUGCUUCUGCAUAAUCAAAAAAUGCUGCUGCAAGAAGAAGAAGAACAAGAAAGGAAAGAAGGGCAAGGACGGCUUCAACAUGAAGAACAUGCAGGGUGGCGAGAAACAACAGGAUGACGAUGAUGAUGAGGGAGAGACCGGACUGACAGAGGAGGAGAAAGAGGAAGAGGAGAAAGAACAAGAGAAACUGGGGAAGCUGCAGUACUCUAUAGAUUAUGAUUUUGAGAAUACAAAGCUCACGAUUGGCAUCCUUCAAGCUGCAGACCUCAUGUCCAUGGACUCAGGUGGAACCUCAGAUCCUUACGUUAAAGUCCUUCUGCUCCCUGAUAAGAAGAAGAAGUAUGACACCAAAGUGCACAAGAAGACACUGAACCCUGUCUUCAAUGAGACAUUUGUCUUUAAGGUGCCCUACGAGGAGCUUGGCGGCAAGACCCUGUGUAUGUCCGUUUAUGACUAUGAUCGAUUUUCCAAACAUGAUGUCAUUGGUGAAGUCAAGCUGCCCAUGAACACCAUCGACCUUGGACGGCCGAUCGAGGAGUGGCGGGAUCUGGAGAGUGCCGAUCAAGAGGAGCCUGAGAAACUUGGAGACAUCUGCAUCUCCCUACGUUACGUCCCCACUGCUGGAAAACUAACCGUCUGCAUCCUGGAGGCAAAGAACCUGAAGAAGAUGGAUGCCUGCGGCUUAUCUGAUCCUUAUGUGAAGAUCCAGCUGCUGCAGGGGGGUAAGCGUCUGAAGAAAAAGAAGACUACAGUGAAGAAGAACACCCUGAAUCCAUAUUACAAUGAAUCCUUUAGCUUUGAAAUCCCAUUGGAACAGAUGCAGAAAAUCCUGGUGGCAGUUACAGUGUUUGAUUAUGACAAGAUAGGUAAGAACGACGCCAUCGGAAAGAUCUUUGUGGGCAGCAAGGCUACCGGCUUAGGUCUGAAGCACUGGUCUGACAUGCUGGCUAAUCCACGCCGCCCCAUUGCCCAGUGGCACGCCUUGCAGCCAGAGGAGGAUAUUGAUGGUCAGCUGGCAUCCCUAAAUGCCAAGAAGUAA